UUUCCAUUCAUGGGUUCUUGCAGUAGUUGAGCUCAGUCCUUCUCUUGGGGUUGAUUUUGCCAUUGCCCAUUGCCAAAUGAAAUAACACCCUCUCCCAAAAAUAACAAAAGAGAGAGAGAGAGAGAGAGACAAAAGUUUCUAAAAAACACCGGUCUUUCCUCUUUUUGGGGUGCUUUUGUCUUAGAGUUGGAAAAAACACAAUAACAAUGCAGCUUCAUAUCUCACCAAGCUUGAGACAUGUGACAGUGUUUCCAGGCAAAGGGGUGAGAGAGUUCAUCAAAGUGAAAGUGGGCUCCAGAAGGGUUUCCUAUCGAAUGCUCUUCUACUCUCUCUUGUUCUUCACAUUUCUUCUUCGCUUUGUCUUUGUUAUGACAGCAGUUGACUCCAUUGAUGGAGAAACCAAGUGUUCAACUAUUGGUUGCUUGGGAAAAAAGCUAGGACCAAAGAUUUUGGGAAGAAGGAUUGACUCAAAUAAUGUCCCUGAAGUAAUAUAUCAAGUACUAGAAGAACCCAUCGUUAAGGAUGAAUUACAAGGAAGAACUGAUAUUCCCCAAACUCUAGAUGAGUUCAUGGCUGAGAUCAAGGACAGCAAUUUAGAUGCAAGGAGUUUUGCUAUCAAGCUUAGAGAAAUGGUUACCCUUCUUGAACAAAGAACUAGAACAGCCAAAAUUCAAGAAUACUUGUACCGCCACGUGGCAUCAAGCAGCAUACCGAAACAGCUUCAUUGCCUAGCCUUGAGGCUAGCCAAUGAGCACAGCAACAAUGCAGCUGCUCGCCUCCAACUCCCUUCAGCUGAACUUGUCCCUGCCCUCGUUGACAACUCCUACUUCCACUUCGUCCUUGCCUCAGACAAUGUGCUAGCCGCCUCUGUCGUUGCAGCGUCACUUGUCAAAAACUCAUUAAGGCCCCACAAGGUUGUCCUCCACAUCAUCACUGAUAGGAAGACUUACUAUCCAAUGCAGGCAUGGUUUUCUUUGCACCCUUUGUUACCUGCUAUAAUUGAAGUUAAGGCAUUACACCAUUUUGAUUGGUUCUCCAAGGGGAAAGUGCCAGUCUUGGAAGCAAUGGAGAAGGAUCAAAAAGUCAGGUCUAAUUUCAGAGGAGGGUCAUCAGCCAUUGUGGCAAACGCUACCGAAAAGCCUAAUGUUAUUGCAGCCAAAUUGCAAGCUCUUAGUCCCAAGUAUAACUCAGUUAUGAACCACAUAAGAAUACACCUACCAGAGUUGUUUCCCAGUCUCAAUAAGGUAGUCUUCUUGGAUGAUGAUAUAGUGGUUCAAACUGAUCUUUCACCUCUGUGGGAGAUUGAAAUGAAUGGAAAGGCAAAUGGAGCUGUGGAGACAUGUAGAGGAGAAGAUAAGUUUGUGAUGUCAAAGAAAUUAAAGAGCUACUUGAACUUCUCCCAUCCUUUGAUAUUGAAUAAUUUUGACCCUAAUGAAUGCGCAUGGGCUUAUGGCAUGAAUAUUUUCGAUCUUGAGGCCUGGAGGAAAACCAACAUAAGCGCCACAUACCACCAUUGGGUUGAACAGAACUUGAAAUCAGACCUGAGCUUGUGGCAGCUAGGAACAUUACCCCCUGGCCUAAUAGCAUUCCACGGUCAUGUUCAAGUAAUUGAUCCAUUUUGGCACAUGUUGGGGCUUGGAUAUCAAGAGAACACCACUUAUGUUGAUGCUGAAAGUGCUGGUGUCAUUCAUUUCAAUGGCAGAGCAAAGCCUUGGCUAGACAUUGCGUUUCCAGAACUCCGGCAGUUGUGGUCAAAAUACAUCGAUUUCUCUGAUAAAUUCAUCAAAGGCUGUCAUAUUAGAGCAUCCUAGACUUGGGAUUUUUGAGAGGAAUAUCUUGAUCUUGUUGGUGAAAGAGAAUCGUAUUUGUUGUAUAUGAGGAAGAAAAGAGAAGAUGAGAGAAUUCUUCCCCAAUGCAAGGUCUUCAAUGCCAAUGCAAGAUAAAGAUAAAGAGAGCCGUGAGAGCACCCACGGCUCCACUUUUUCCAGCUCUCUUUGCUCAGUUGGAAUUCUCUUAUUUAGCCCACUUUUUAGUUCUUAUAAUAUUCUUGUGUUUUUAAAAGGUUUCAAAAACAAAUAAAAGUAAUAAUACUUUGUUAAUACUCUGCAUUCAUGAUGCAGAAACCA